AUGAUGUCAAUACCUUGUCCAGCCAACACCAGCGGCAGCGGCAACGUCCAGGGCCCGCACGCGGGGGUGGCAGUCGCUGGUCUGUCCGGGCCAGACGGCUGCCACGGCGUGCGGAAGGUCACGGCCCGCCGUAUAAAAGACUGCUCCACUGGCGGCCGGGCAGCGCGCAGUUGGCGGACCACGCCCACCUGCCGAAAUGAACCCUCUGCGGCCGUCCUAUCGACGCAGAUGGCCACCACCCUUGUCGCCCCAGCCGCAGUGGCCGCCCCCGCCAUCGCCUACACCGCCCCAGCUGCGGCCGUCGUGGCCGCCCCCGCCCCAGUGGCCUACGCCGCCCCAGCUGCGGCCGGCGUCGCCGCCGCCCCCGGCUCCACCGUGGUGUCCGCCCCCGGUACUAGCUUCUACUCUUCCUCCACACAGUCCGUGCACCCGCCACAGGUGGUUCUCGCCAGCCCGCAGGCCGUCCACGCCACAGCCGUCGCCGCCGCUCCCGUGGUGGCCGCAGCGCCGGCCGUCGCCACCGCCCCCGCGGUCGUGGCUGCCCCGCCAGCGGAGGUUGUCGACGCUCCCGAGGUGGUCGCCGCCCGCGCAGCCCACUUCCAGGCUUACGUCGCUGCCAAGGCCGCUCUGCUGGGGCGCAAGAAGCGCAGCCCCGGAUUCCUCGGCCCCGCUGUGGUCUCCACCCCCGCCGCCACCACCCUCUCUGCUCAUGCCGCCCCCGUGGACAACGCUGUCCACGCUGCCUCAGUGGCCCUUGCUGCUCACGCUGCCGCCGUCACCCCUGUUGCCUACUCCGCCCCCGUAGCUGUCGCCUACUCCGCCCCCGCAGCUGUCACCUACUCUGCCCCCGCGUCUGUCGCCUACUCAGCCGUGGCCUUCCUACCAGUGGCCGCCUCCAGCCAGUACCGCGUCCAGGACCAACUCGGCCAGUACACCUACGGCUACGCCGACGGAAACUCCGCCAAGACUGAGAGCCGCGCCGCUGACGGCUCCACUGUCGGCGGCUACUCCUACGUAGACGACCACGCCCUGGUACAGAGUGUCAAGUACCACGCCGAUAGCCUGGGCUUCAGGGCCACCGCCACCAACCUGCCCGUCCUGUUCCAUUUUGAACUCUACAUCGUUUAUGUAUGUAACCUUCUUUUCUUUCCCUGAAUCUUCAUGCCCCACAUAGUAUAAUGUAUAAAAAUCUGUAAAAAAUAAAUACGUAAUAAAACGGAUAA